CCCUCACAUCGACAACAACAACAAUGGCCGAUUGUAUUGAAGCGCUACUCGUUUUGGUUUUGCUCUGUCGAAACUAAAUGGAACACAUGGGACCCUUUACUACCAACUUUACAGUCGUUACAUCAGGGAUGCAAACUCAUCAGGAAGAGACCUGCAAAGACCCAGAUAGACUUUAUGAUGAUGGGGAGAAGAGUAUCAUCGGAGAACAGCUGGAUCAACAUCAGUCUACAUCCACGAUAGGAAAACCACACACCUGUGACCAGUGUGAGAAGAGUUUCUGGAGUUCAGGGAUAUUGAAGCACCACAAACGUACCCACACUAGAGAAAAACCUUUCACCUGUGACCAGUGUGAGAAGAGCUUUAGCAGGUCAGGCGAUUUGAAGAUUCACCAGCGAACCCACACUGGAGAAAAACCCUACUCCUGUGACCAGUGUGAGAAGAGCUUUAGCAGGUCAGGCUAUUUGAAGAUUCACCUGCGAACCCACACUGGAGAAAAACCUUUCACCUGUGACCAGUGUGAGAAGAGUUUCUGCAGAUCAGGGAUAUUGAAGAGCCACAAACGUACCCACACUAGAGAAAAACCUUUCACCUGUGACCAGUGUGAGAAGAGCUUUAGCCAGUCAGGCUAUUUGACGAUUCACAAGCGAACCCACACUGGAGAAAAACCUUUCACCUGUGACCUCUGUGAGAAAAGUUUCACGGACUCAUGCUCAUUGAAGAGCCACCAGCGAACCCACACUGGAGAAAAACCCUACUCCUGUGACCUCUGUGAGAAGAGCUUUAGCCAGUCAAGCUAUUUGACGAUUCACAAGCGAACCCACACUGGAGAAAAACCUUUCACCUGUGACCAGUGUGAGAAGAGCUUUAACCGGUCAGACUCAUUGAAGGUCCACCAGCGAACCCACACUGGAGAAAAACCCUGCUCCUGUGACCAGUGUGAGAAAAGUUUCACGGACUCAUGCUCAUUGAAGCGCCACCAGCGAACCCACACUGGAGAAAAACCCUACUCCUGUGACCAGUGUGAGAAAAGUUUCGCAGACUCACGCUCAUUGAAGAGCCACCAGCGAACCCACUCCUUUGACCAGUGGGAGAAAGAGUUCAGUGACUCAUACAGUGUGAAGCUCCACCAGCCUACCCACACUGGAGAAAAACCUGACGUCUGUGCUCACUCUUGCCCCUUUCACACCAACAUGGAACACAUGGGACCCUUUACUACCAACUUUACAGUCGUUACAUCAGGGAUGCAAACUCAUCAGAUGGCUGAACUUCAGGUAGACGAUAACACAAGCAGCAGAAAGAGUUCAUCAGCAGAGGAAGAGACCUGCAAAGACCCAGAUAGACUUUAUGAUGAUGGGGAGAAGAGUAUCAUCGGAGAACAGCUGGAUCAACAUCAGUCUACAGCCACGAUAGGAAAACCAUACACCUGUGACCAGUGUGAGAAGAGUUUCUGGAGUUCAGGGACUUUGAAGCACCACAAACGUACCCACACUAGAGAAAAACCUUUCACCUGUGACCAGUGUGAGAAGAGCUUUAGCCAGUCAGGCGAUUUGAAGAUUCACCUGCGAACCCACACUGGAGAGAAACCCUACUCCUGUGACCAGUGUGAGAAGAGCUUUAGCCAGUCAGGCGAUUUGACGACUCACAAGCGAACCCACACUGGAGAGAAACCCUACUCCUGUGACCAGUGUGAGAAGAGCUUUAGCCAGUCAGGCUCAUUGAAGGUCCACCAGCGAACCCACACUGGAGAAAAACCCUACUCCUGUGACCAGUGUGAGAAGAGCUUUAGCCAGUCAGGCGAUUUGAAGGUCCACCAGCGAACCCACACUGGAGAAAAACCCUACUCCUGUGACCAGUGUGAGAAGAGCUUUAGCCAGUCAGGCGAUUUGAAGAUUCACAAGCGAACCCACACUGGAGAAAAACCCUACUCCUGUGACCAGUGUGAGAAGAGCUUUAGCCAGUCAGGCUCAUUGAAGGUCCACCAGCGAACCCACACUGGAGAAAAACCCUACUCCUGUGACCAGUGUGAGAAAAGUUUCACGGCCUCACGCUCAUUGAAGCGCCACCAGCGAACCCACUCCUUUGAAAAACCAUACACCUGUGACCAGUGUGAGAAGAGUUUCUGGAGUUCAGGGAUAUUGAAGCACCACAAACGUACCCACACUAGAGAAAAACCUUUCACCUGUGACCAGUGUGAGAAGAGCUUUAGCAGGUCAGGCGAUUUGAAGAUUCACCAGCGAACCCACACUGGAGAAAAACCCUACCUCCUGUACCAGUGUGAGAAGAGCUUUAGCCAGUCAAGCUCAUUGAAGCACCACCGGAGAAUCCACACUGGA